CUGGUCGUAACUUAAGUUUAGCAGAAGCUGAAGUCUGUGUAUAUGGAAUCCACCUCUACUGAGAGAGAGUGGACUAAAGCCAUGUCGCUAUUACAACGAUAAUAAAGUACUCCUUAAUCAUCUGGUUAUUCGCUAAUCAGGAUUCUAAGUUCAAUUUACCAUCGUCUUUCCUGAAACUCUUGAUCUCCGCUUAAUCAUCAGCUUCGUUUAAUCGCAGAUUCUUUCGUGUUGAUGAUAUAAGUUGGUCGCUGUUAACCUUGCUAGAGGUAUAGUGUUCUUUCUUAUCGCAUUUCAUGGUAGCGUGUUGUAGUUGGUAGUAAGCUUUUGUUUGUUUGUGGUGAUAAUAAUCAUAAAUGAAGGCAACUGGUACAUGGCAGCUAGCCAUUAGAGAUUUCUAGCCAUGUCUGGAUCACGACAGCAACGAGCGCAAUCGAAGAGACCGAUUUGGAUAUUUUUCUUUGUUUCGUUGGUUAUUCUUUUUCUGAUUGGUGCCUAUGUUGUUUUCCCAUCAAGAAGCUUCGCUACCUGCUAUUUCUUUUCUUCUAAGGAUUGUACUAUGCUCGUUCAACCUCUAUCUCCUCCUGCUAGGGAACUGACUGAUGAUGAGAAUAUGGCUUGGGUUGUUAUUAAUGAACUUCUUAAGAAACCUCCUGUUCAGUCAAAGAACCCAAAAAUUGCUUUCAUGUUCUUGACUCCUGGAGCUUUACCUUUUGAGAAGCUGUGGGAAAUGUUCUUUCAAGGCCAUGAGGACAGAUUCUCUGUUUAUGUACAUGCAUCUAGUCAGAAACCUGUGCAUGUGAGCCAUUACUUUGUUGGCCGAGAUAUUCAUAGUGAGAAGGUCGCUUGGGGAAAAAUUUCUAUGCUUGAUGCAGAGAGGAGACUGUUGGCACAUGCACUUCGGGACCCUGAUAACCAGCAAUUUCUUUUGCUGUCAGAUAGUUGUGUGCCGCUGCAUAACUUUGAUUAUGUGUAUAACUACCUGAUGUAUACGAAUGUUAGCUACAUUGAUUGUUUUGAGGAUCCUGGUCCACACGGAAAUGGCAGGUAUUCAGAACGUAUGUUGCCUGAAGUUGAAAAGAAGGAUUUCCGGAAAGGUGCUCAGUGGUUUUCCAUGAAGCGGCAGCAUGCUAUAAUAGUUAUGGCAGACAAUCUUUUCUACACGAAAUUCAAGCUGUACUGCAAGCCAAAUAUGGAUGGGCGAAACUGCUACACAGAUGAGCACUACUUGCCAACUCUAUUUCAUAUGUUUGAUCCAAGCGGAAUUGCAAAUUGGUCAGUGACUCAUGUUGAUUGGUCUGAAGGAAAGUGGCAUCCGAAGGCAUAUAGGACUCAAGAUGUUACUUUUGAGCUCCUUAAGCGUAUUGCAUCCAUUGAUGAAAGCGUGCAUCUUACCAGUAAUGAAAAGAAGAAAAAGACUGUCCAACCUUGCUUAUGGAAUGGAAUGAAGCGACCUUGUUACCUAUUUGCGAGAAAGUUUUAUCCUGAAACUCUUGAUAGAUUGCUGUACCUCUUCUCCAAUUACACGACAGUUUAGCCCUUUUUUCGCUCAUCAUAGUUAAUUUUUGGUUGGAUUAAUAUCAUUUGGCUCCUGCUCUUUCAGCCACCACGUGUAGCUUUAGAACGUAAAGCAGCCAAAUUAUACACUUCUGGAUAUUUGAACUUCACUCGAUAGAUUAGAUGUUUGUAAACAAAAGCAGAUCGCCCUGUUUAGUUACUAGUGCUUGACUUGGGACCUUAGCGAAAUGGGAGGCUUUUCAGCUUGUUUCUUAUUGCUGCUUCCCCUUGCUGUCAUCAGAUUUAGGCCUUCAUAUUUUUGGGAUCGUGUUGGUGUAUGUACCCUAAAAGUUCACCACAGGAUAUAUUGGUUUAUAUACUAAAUGAGUGUAUUUUCUGUUUUUCA